GGACCCUGGCCGGUCACAGUCCUUUCCAGCCUAUGCGUCCUCCCCUCUCCUCCAGGCGGAGUGGCCCCGGGGCAGAGCUGCGGACCCGCCGGUGAGGUUUAGGCUCCUGCUGCGCCGGAGGCAGCACCACCCUGAUGGAGAUGUCGGGAGCUAUCUUCACGCCCCUAGAGGGCCUAGGCGACCUGGACACCGCGAGCGGCCACCCGCUCGUGUGCCCUCUGUGCCACGCGCAGUACGAGCGUCCGUGCCUGCUGGAAUGCUUCCACGACUUCUGUGCCGGCUGCCUUCGUGGUCGGGCUGUGGACGGCCGCCUGGCCUGCCCGCUGUGUCAACACCAGACCGUGGUGAAGGGUCCCAAUUGGCUCCCACCAGUGGACCGGCUGCUGCAGUUCCUCAUGGACAGCUCCAGGGAUGGCGUGGAGGCUGUGCAUUGUGCCAACUGUGACCUGGAGUGCAGCAAGCAGGACGCCGAGACCACGUACUUCUGCAACACUUGCGAGCAACCCCUGUGUGCGCGCUGCCGCGACGAGACGCACCGGGCACGCAUGUUCGCGCGCCACGACAUUGUGGCCCUAGGCCAGCGCAGCCGCGACGUGAUCCAGAAGUGCAGUAAGCGAGCGCUGCACGCGGAGCCCUACAUCAUGUUCUCCACCGACAAGAAGUCGCUGUUGUGCAUCCGCUGUUUCCGGGAUAUGCAGGGGGAGAGUCGAGCCCACUGCGUGGACCUGGAGUCGGCUUACGUGCAAGGCUGCGAGCGGCUGGAGCAGGCCGUCCUGGCCCCCUCUCCCCAGGCCGUGAAGGCCCUGCAGACAGCCACCCGGGAGGCCAUUGCGCUGCUGCAGGUCAUGGUGGAGGAGGUGAGGCGCAGCGCAGCUGAGGAAGAUGCCGCCAUCCACACCCUCUUUGGCAGCAUGCAGGACAAACUGGCAGAGAGGAAAGCACUGCUGCUACAGGCUGUGCAGAGCCAAUACGAUGAGAAAGACAAGGCCUUCAAGGAGCAGCUCUCCCACUUGGCUGCUCUGCUGCCCACUCUACAGGUUCACCUGGUCAUCUGCUCUUCCUUCCUCAGCUUGGCCAACAAGGCUGAGUUCCUGGACCUGGGCUAUGAGCUGAUGGAGAGGCUGCAGAGCAUAGUCACAGGGCCGCAUCGCCUAAGACCAGCGCAGAGCAGCAAGAUCGCCAGCGACCACCAUGCAGAAUUCGCACACUGCCUGGAGCCACUGCUGCUGCUGGGGCCACGCCCGGCUGCGUCUGCCGCCAAUACGCUGGCAGGGGGUGCAGGACCCAAGGUGCUGAUGGGGCCCAGAUGCCCCUCCCCAGUGAGAAAGACACCAGGGUCCCCAGUCCAGAAGCCCACGCUGCACCGCUCCAUCAGCACCAAGGUGCUCCUGGCUGAGGGCGAGGACACUCCCUUCACAGAGCACUGCCGCCACUAUGAGGACUCCUACCGGGGGCUGCAGGCGGAGGUGCAGAACCUGAAGGACCAGGUGCAGGAAUUGCACCGCGACCUCACGAGACACCACUCCCUCAUCAAGGCCGAGAUCAUGGGGGACAUCCUGAGCAGGUCCCUGCGGCUGGACACACGGAUCACCUCUGAGUACAGCUCUGUGGAGGGCAUGAGAGCCAUCUUCCAAGAGAUUUGGGAGGAAUCCUACCAGCGAGUAGCCAAUGAGCAGGAGGUUUAUGAAGCCCAGCUCCAUGACCUUCUCCAGCUGAAGCAGGAGAAUGCCCACCUGACCACCAUCACCAAGCAGAUCACACCCUACGUCCGCUCCAUCGCCAAGGUGAAGGAACGGCUGGAGCCCAGGUUUCAGCUGCCUGUGGAUGAACAGUCAGAGACUCUACAAAGCACGUAUGAUGGCAGCAGGAGUAGCGAGACCCUGGCCAGGAAUGAUCCAGGAAGUGCCGUGGAGAAGGGAGAGAAGACCUCGGAGUCCAAAGGAAGCAGCAGGGCUCUGAGUGGCGUCUCAGAAGAUCCUCCACUGAAGAACCGAGACCAUCUCAGAUCCAAGCAGAAAAAUGGGGAUGACCUCCCCACAUGCAGAGAGCAGCCAACUUAGCCCCAUACAACCAGCUGGACUCACAACGAACACAUCGAGACUGGGACACUUAAGAAAAGGUUGUUCUCAUUAUGGUCACUUCUUUCAAAGGUGACACUUGAUUGAAAAGUAAAGCCAGGCUAGGCUGCUGCACUCCUCCGUGUUCCCAGGGCACAAGCUCACAUGGGGAUGAUUUCCCACUCCUGGGGGGACACGUCCAACCAGCAAACACGCUGACUGCAAUGCGCCUUGCUCAGCACCGCUCAUGGUGCUGGGGCUGAGCCCUGUACUCUGAUGCCAUCUGUUUUAGAUAACAAGACUCUAUCAGGCACAGCACCCACUCUGCUGCCAAGGAAUCCAGUUUCUCCUGCUACACAGCCCACUGUAGACCUGGUGCAACCAGAACGUUCCACCCAGUAAUCUGAGCAGUGACUCACAACAUGGCAAGGGCAGAGGUUGUGAAGCUGGGACGGCCUCUGGCCAGCCCUGUGCAGAUUUCCACUUUACACCUGGGGCUUUCCCCAGCCACCUUCACUGUCCUUUGUGCCUCUCGUGGCAAGGAAAGCCCAGUGCAGCAGGCCGUCUCCCAGCAGUCUCUCCCAGCCAGCUUCCAUUAAGCAACCUUCUUAACGAGUGCUUAACAAAACCAUCUGUGAGACUUAACAUUCAAGUUUGAUGCCCAGAUAGUCACAUUUUAGGCAAACAUUCAAGUCGAUUCCAUGGUCUCAACUGGAGGCCUGCACAUCCAUAAAGAAAUACUGAAGUCCACAUCCCAAAGGAGCACAAACCUGCAUGACAGCCUAAGGCAAGAGGAACCCGUCCUUAGGAACUGGGCAGAGGCAGGACCUCGGAGCAGGCCAAGGAGGCACAGCCGGCCUGACCUGAUGCCGGCAGCUCCAGACCUCCCUUAACCAGGUCAUCAGAGGUGUGUGAUCACCUCCUGCUUCCACAUCCCACACAAUCACACUGUCAUCUGUAGUGAAAUCAAGUACAGUUUUAUUUAUUUAAGAAUUGGAAAGAAUAAUCAGUAUCUGUGAAAGAAAAUCCAAUUGAAAAUAUUUAAAUAAACAUUUCUGCAUGUAAAAAGAGUAGAAUAAUUACUCUGUAAGUCCCUCUCCUUGUGACGGGAUGGGCUGCCUCCCUCAGGCUGGCGGGAUCUUCCAGGCCCAGGACAAGCAGCCACAGAGCAAGCGCUUCCCACCACUCAGAGAGGCUGAGGUCUCUAGCCCUGCUGAGCCACUAGGAAAGCAAACUAGGGUGGGUGCAACUACCUAAGGCAGUGAGAAAGUGCAGAGGGAACAGGGGCUCACCGUGCCUGUGCAGGAUGUGACCAAGGAGCUCUGGCUGAGACCUCACCAAGUGACACGGACACAGCUCAGUGGUCUAAGAACGUUUUCCUGUCAUACCAAUCCCCAGUUGGUAAGUAAGUGAGCCAUCAAUAAAGCAUACUUUCUAGGCUUAAGAAGCAGCUCGUGCCAAGGAGGGACACCAGGGACACGCCUCAGGGGCUCACCUUCUACCUCUUCACCAACUUCAACUCUCCUCUGCUCAGCAGCAGCCUGCAGAUCUCAUUUUAUGCUGUUUCAAAGAAGCUUUCUUUCUGUGCAGUACCCAUUCUUCAUUUAAGAAUAUCCACUUUCAAACUUGCAAAGAAAUCUGACAGUUUCUCAAUGUGAGGAAACUGGUAACAUGGCCUUUACAGCAAGUACCUGAAAAGCCUUUGCUCAUUGACCUGAUUCUCUGCCACAGGCCUGUCACUGCUACAUUUGAAAAAAUAAUCUCCAGAUCACAGCAGCAGGCAAGGUCAACUCACAGUUCACCUUUCAUCCCUAAGCAAUGGCCGUCUCCUGCCUGGGAUUACAGUGAGGGUAGGAGUCCUCUCACUACCCAUACCACAGAAAUUACUCUUUAAAAUAGGACGUAGUCAGCCUCCAGUGGUGUGAGGCAGCAUCACUGUGGAACCUCAAGACCUAGGAUCCUUUGCUCCUGGGCCUGGCAAGGAGGCAGGCUUCCUGCCCUCCAGCAGAUGGAUGCUGACAUCAAAUGCCAACACCCAGCCUUACCACCUAUACACCAGGGGCCAUCAUUAGCUGCUCUCCAUCCAUCAGAAACAACCUCGCGGCCCCUAAGGGGAAUGGAGGCUGGGUCCAGUCUUGCUUAAAUGCAGUGAGAAAGAACUUUCCCUUGAAAAGCUGGCGAUGGCUGCCAAAAACCCAACCACACCCUUGUCAGUCUGUAGUCCUGGUAAGUGUGGUCUGCAAAAGCUGACGGCCUGACUCAGGGUCCCAGAAUUGAGUGCAGGCGUACCGUGCCCUGACAGACAUGGUUCCCACCACAGGAACUCAGUGCUGCUGCAGCCGUGGACUUGCCAGACGCCCUGCCUCACACCCUGCCGUGAGGGCCGCGGUUCUCAGACCAGCAAGCAUCAUGCUGGUAAUCGACAAACCCAUAAGCCUCUUUGGUAUACCUAACAACAAAAAAAUUAAGCCAUGAGAUCUAGAAAUAAGUAACAUUUCUGAGCUGGGAAAAUGCUCUUUUGAACACACACUUUAGGUUAUGUGCACAGCUAACCAAAUCCAUCUCCACGUAGCUCACACUGUAUAAUUUCAUUAUGUCAUCCCUCUAAGAAUUAAAAAUGUUCAACAUUGUUCUUCUAAGUCCUCACAACACCCCUGUGAGGUAGGUGGUAUUGACCCCAUUCUGCAGAUGGGGAAGUCUGAGCAUGGGUUCAGUGGCUCCUCAAAAGCCAUGCGGCAUAGUGGUGACCGAGCAGCGCUCUGGGCACACACCAAUGCCACCUUCACAUUCGUGCUUCAUUAGCACCACUACAAACUGCCAGGAAGGAUUUCACAAGGAGACCAAGUUCCUGUCCAGUCCAGGACUAGACAAAGGUCUCACCUCUUAAGGCUUUGAGGCUUGACUCAGAGAGCCAACUGCUCUCCCCAGACUUGCAAAACAAAAACGCUGACUGAACCUCACUUGUGAGGAUCUGCUUUACAGAGGAUUUUUGAAUUGCUUUGCCUGAAUUUGCAGUUGUAGGUGCUGCUAAAACCUUUUAGAAAAGAUUGCCUGACGCAGCACAGGGAAAAAUGUAAUUUUGAGAGGAAAAAAAAAAAAGUUUCACAGAUUUACAUUGAAACACAAAAAUACAAGUUAUUAAAAUGAGAAUAAAA